CCGGUUUGCGGGCGUCUGCGGGCCCCACGUGUGUUCGGGCUGGACUGCGCGCCUGAGAGCCGUCGCUCCCAGUCGCGGGCUUGCGGGGUCUGGGGCGCGGGGUCCUCGGCGGCCUCUGGGACGGCACCAUGCCUAAGGCACCAAAAGGAAAAAGCACAGGACGAGAAAAAAAAAUUGUCCAUCCAUACAGUAGAAAAGCGGGUCAGAUUACAAGAGAGGCCCACAAACAAGAAAAAAAGGAAAAAUUGAAGAAUGAAAAGGCCUUACGUCUCAACCUCAUUGGUGAAAAACUGCAAUGGUUUCAAAAUCAGCUGGAUCCCCAAAAACUGAGAUACUCAAAAAAGGAUGCUUGUCAAUUAAUUGAAAGGUACUUAAAUCGGUUCAGCAGUGAGCUGGAGCAGAUCGAGUUACAAAACAGCAUCAAGGACAGGCAGGGAAGGCGACACCAUGCCCGGGAGACCAUCAUCAAGCAGACGAUGGAGCGUGAGCGGCAGCAGUACUAUGGCUAUGGCUUUGAGAUUCCGGACAUUUUACAUGCAAGUAGUCUGAAAACUUUUAGAGAAUGGGAUUUGGAUCUGAAGAAAUUGCCAAACAUUAAAAUGAGAAAACUUUGUGCUAAUGAUGCAGUUGCUAAGAAGCACAAGAAGAAAGCUCAAAAUUUAACGAUAGACAAAGAUUUAGGGCAAUUGGAGCUGAAAGGGGAAUCAAGUGACUCUGAUGAAGCAAUGACUCCUGUGGCCUAAUUAUCCUGACUUGAUUUGAAAAUCA